CCAUCCGAGCGUCCUCCCCUUAUCUGUGUCCGUGUCGGGGCAGGGGGCGGAUAAGUUUCGAUUCGGUCCUCGUCGUUCUCAGCCAAUAAUGUCAACGGACGCGAGGUCCGCAUCUCAGCGGGCAGACAUUUAAAGGGGAGACAGUGCGGCGAAGUUUCUAUUAAACCUGCGUGGUCCCCUCAAGUCUAUGGAGGGCUGGGUCUCCCCGCACCCUGCAGCAGUCACCACAGUGGACACUCGACAGUGACGGCGAGAGUGGGGUUUCAUGCCCACGGAAGAAGCCAGCAGGAGACAAAACAUCGACUUGAGGAUUGCAGCAUGGCCAACUCCACGCGUGUCAUCUGCAGUCUGCUGCUGGUCCUCGGCCUGCUGUCCUCUCCCGGCCACUCCAAGAGGAACCGAGGCUCCCAGGGCGCCAUUCCUCACCCGGACAAGAACAAGCCGAACGAGUCGGAGCCCCAGCAGGCGGGCCCCGCGCCCCGCCACAGGCACGGCGCGUCCUCCCCGGCCGACGAGGUGCUGGAGUCCAGCCAGGAGGCGUUACACGUCACGGAGCGGCAGUAUUUGAAGCGGGACUGGUGCAAGACGCAGCCCCUCAAGCAGACCAUCCAUGAGGAAGGAUGCGUCAGCCGCACCAUCCUCAACCGCUUCUGCUACGGACAGUGCAACUCCUUCUACAUCCCGCGGCACAUGCGCAGAGAGGAGGGCGCCUUCCAGUCGUGUUCCUUCUGCAAGCCCAAGCGCUUCACCAGCAUGACUUUUACGCUCAACUGUCCUGACCUGCAGCCGCCCACCAAGAAGAAACGCAUCCAGCGCGUCAAGCAGUGCCGCUGCGUGUCUAUAGAGCUGGACUAACGCACCCACGCGUGUGCGUGUUCACAACCAGGAGAAGAAGAGAACGCACUUCCCUUUUUGCACGACAAAUCUGGACAUGCGCCAUUCAACCAUCUGGGGACAUUUGAUUUGAAUUCUCAUCAAAGCCAAACGGGAUUUAAACGUUUUUCUAAAGGUAAUAAAAAACACUAUAGAAAUGUUUGUUUCUUUUGUGCUCAACUUUCUCAAUACACUUCAGCUCUAAAAUAAAACAAUAUUAAACAUACAAUGUAUUUUUUUUUUUUUUUUUACCCAUUUUGUUCAGAUAAUGUCACAGGCUUGAAUUAGUAAAACUUAAUCAUCACAUCAUUGGGUUAAAAUAAAUACAAUAAAAUACAUUACUUGUUUGGUAUAUCUUAUGUUUAGGGCUGAAGUUAACAGAGAUUUGAGCCUGAAAAGUAAAAAAA